UAAUAAAUCAACCAGUGUAGGAAAAAAACAAACAGCAGCGAGUUGGAAUUCCUGGACAUCCUGUAAUGGGGCUAAAGGGAUCGAAGCUCCCCGAUGCUCGCAUUCUUCUCUUGGGGCUGGACGGAUCCGGGAAAUCCACACUGCUCUUCAAACUGAAGUACAAUGAGUCCUUCAGGACGGUCCCGACCAUCGGCUUCAACGUGGAGAUGAUGGAGGCCAAGCAGAAAAGGAGGAAGAUCACUCUGACCGUGUGGGACGUCGGAGGACAGGAGAAAAUGAGACCGCACUGGAAGAGCUACUACCAAGACACCGCCGGACUCCUGUUCGUCGUCGACUGCUGGGACAGGACACGUCUGAACGAAGCGCGAAGAGAACUGGAACGAGUGCUGAAGAAUGAGCACCUCAGAGGGCUUCCUGUGGUCAUCCUGGCUAACAAGCAGGAUAAAGAUGGAGCCCUGACAGCGACCGAUCUCACCGAGGAGUUUAACCUGAGGAAGACUUGCAGCAACCGGGACUGGUUCGUCCAGCCCUGCUCGGGAAAGACCGGAGCCGGACUUCCAGAAGGGUUCAGGAGGAUGGCGCUUCUGGUGGAAACCACCUCCAACAACAACAUUAAAGAUACGGUCAAGAAUCUGAGGAAGUCCAUGAAGACGUAACUGCUGAAUUUGAUCAGCGUGAAGUCUCCUGAUGUUUUAAAUCAUCUCCUUUCUAUUUUUGGUUUUUAAUUUCAUGUCAGAAUUUCUUUUUUAAACACUACCUUGAGCUGAAAUGUUUGUUUUUUUUCAGAUCCUGGAUUUAUUCCUUGAAUUUCAUGACUGUAAAUAAAUAAAUAAUUUUAAAAAAAAAUUAAA